UUAAAGUCUCUGAUAUCUGCGCCAGCCACACUCACAGAGCCAAUAAAAUGACUUAGGUGGGAAAACCGAAGGUUAGAUUGACCUAUAAAGCAUCAAGUCCCUUUCGGUACUUACCGGGGCGCCCAAUCAGAGAUCUACUUCCGGGGCCCGCGCCGGGGCAUCCGCGACAAGGCCCAAUCGCAGGCUCAGCGCGGGGCGGGGCCAAGCCUGCGGCGGGCCGGCAAGAUGGCGGUCCUGGCACCUCUCAUCGCUCUUGUGUACUCGGUGCCGCGACUUUCGCGAUGGCUGGCCCGACCUUACUACCUCUUGUCAGCCCUGCUCUCUGCUGCCUUCCUGCUCGUGAGGAAGGUGCCCCCGCUUUGCAACAGUCUCCCCACGCAGCGCGAAGACGGCAACCCGUGUGACUUUGACUGGAGAGAAGUGGAGAUCCUCAUGUUCCUUAGUGCCAUCGUGAUGAUGAAGAACCGCAGAUCCAUCACCGUGGACCAGCACAUAGGCAACAUCUUCAUGUUUAGCAAAGUGGCCAAUGCAAUUCUUUUCUUCCGCCUGGAUAUUCGCAUGGGCCUGCUCUACAUCACGCUCUGCAUCGUGUUCCUGAUGACAUGCAAACCCCCUCUGUAUAUGGGCCCUGAGUACAUCAAGUACUUCAAUGAUAAAACCAUUGAUGAAGAGCUGGAGCGGGACAAGAGGGUCACGUGGAUUGUGGAGUUCUUUGCCAAUUGGUCUAACGACUGCCAGUCCUUUGCGCCUAUCUAUGCUGACCUCUCCCUCAAGUACAACUGUACAGGGCUAAAUUUUGGGAAGGUGGACGUUGGACGCUACACGGACGUCAGUACGAGGUACAAAGUGAGUACAUCGCCCCUCACCAAGCAGCUCCCUACCUUGAUCCUGUUCCAGGGUGGCAAGGAAGUCAUGCGGCGGCCGCAGAUUGACAAGAAAGGACGAGCCGUCUCUUGGACUUUCUCUGAGGAGAACGUGAUCCGAGAAUUCAACUUGAAUGAACUCUAUCAGCGGGCCAAGAAGCUGUCGAAGACUGGAGAGAAUAUCCCAGAGGAGCAGCCUUUGACCCCCACCCCCACUGCAGAGCCAGAUGGGGAGAGCAAGAAGGACAAAUAGGGUCCUUGCGUUGUCAUUCCCAGGCACCUGGGAGGCCUUGGCCCUUCUGUAAUCACAAACCCUACCUGAGGCUUUGGCCUUUUAUUUAUGUUUUCCCCUGUGGGUGGGGUAGGGUGAUUUUAAAGAGGCAGCCAGGGAAUUGUCAAAUACCCUCCAGCAAGGUCUCUACUUCUGCGGCCAACUGCUCACUGGGGGAAGGGGAGAGAUGGCAAACAAAGGAGGAGGAAAUGCUUUCUCUCCAAGUCUGGGUCAGUGUGUCAACUGCUGUCCACCUGUUUUGUGGUUUCCUCUUAGCCACCUACACAGCUACUUAAAUUAGCUUGAACCCUAACAUAAGAUGCCAGGGUGCAGAGGCAGCACUAAGAUUUUCCUUCGAGGAACCUUGCUUCUUUAGGCCCUUCUGGCUUGGUCUGUGGCCUUCAUUAAAAAGUCUAUGCCUAACUGGGUUACUUACUGAUUCCAGGGAGAAACCACAGAAUUUUCUCACUGGCGAUAGUAUUGAAUAAUCCCCCUAUUUUAUGGAGGGAUUAAGGGGUCCGUUUGAGACUGUCUUCUGUGCGGUGGGGCCUGGAGGUGAAAACACCUGGUUAGGAUUGGGGUUUCCACCAACCAUCCCUUGCGUGGUUUUCCAUAAUAAAGACGGUGGAAUUUUCUUUUGAUUGCGCCUCUGUGUGGCCUCUGUGUUUAUCGUGCAUUGGAAAAGCCUGCAAUUGAGGAGGGACUGCCCAGCCCCUUCACUGCAGAGGCCACUGAUUAGUUUCCCCCAAACCAGGCAUUGGACCCAAGGAUCGGGGUGAGGUGGGGAA